AUGCCAAUUUGCCUAAAGCGAGUAUUUUUUCCAUUGUGGUUUCCAACAGUUUUGGACCCACACUGCCAUCUAUCGUGUUGGCGCUUGGGGCAUGGCAUGGCGCUGUCCAAGGCAGAGCAAGUACAGCUUCAGAGGCUGCUGGCUGGUGUCCAUGACAAGCUAGAGGAGUCACGCCCACGGAGACGUUUUGUCUCAUCGCGGACAAAGAUGAUGAUGCUUCGGAGCCCGAUCCAUGUCCAAGACUUGUGCUACCGCUUGCAAACCUUUCCCUUCUUUUCAAACUCGCAUCGAGAUUUUCUCUCCUUGCUUUCACGAGAGCUGGACAUUCGGAUCUUCCAUCCUGGCCAGACUGUACUGAAAGAGGGUGAGUUUGGGGAGAUGACUUACAUCUUGGUGCAUGGAGAGGUGGAGGUGCUGACAGAGGCGAUGGCAAAUGAGGAGUCGGCACCUAUACGGAUCAAAGCGCCCAGCAUCUUUGGUGAGAGCCCACUGCUUCUUGGAGCGCCUGCAAGGAGGACCGCUACGAUCGUUGCGCGGGCCAUUUGCGAUGCCCGCAUGGUGCACCAGCGAAUCUUCAACCAACUGCUCAGUCACUUUCCUGACGAGAAAGUAGUGUAUCGCAAGAUGGCGCAAAAAAGAUAUGGAAAGAGGCGGCCGUGGAUUCGAAGGAGCACGUCUGUUGCCUCAACCGAAACGAAGGAUACCCGGCCUUCAACUGUGGCCUCCAUGCUGGAAGAUCCCAAGGGGGCCGUGACGACUGAGGUCAAAGAGGCACGGGAUGCAAAGACCGAAAGCAAGUCGUCCAAGAAGACCAAGGCUGUGUCGAAGGACUUGCACCUUCCGCCGAUUUUUGCUGAAACAAAGCGAUAGCGGCUGCCUCCCAAGGCUUGUAGAAUUUUGCUUUCUAUCAGAGCUGCGGCAGACUAAGCAAACGUGCUUAGAUGUCGAAUUUGUCGAAUGUCAUUUCCUGAUCUUUUGUUCCUUUUUUGGACUUGCCUUCAAGAGGCAAGAAGCAUGCACCGGGCAGUUUGAGCGAAAAUCGCCCGAUUGCCUUCGGUCAUAAACGUCAUGCUUACCUGUGAAGUGUAGGGUUGGUGUGCAUAUUUUCGCAAAACGCGAUGUUGCAUUCGACCCACUGUGUUUGCUUCACAUCUCUCCUUGGAAUCAAAGGUCUCAAGGAUUGAACGGAUUCACACAUGCCACAGAUGCCACGAAUGUGGAAAUGAGGUUGAUGAGGUGAGAAAGUGCGAAAGUGAAGUACGAAGCUCAUGGUUUGUCCCCAUUCAUGAACCCUGUCAUAUUGGGUGUACCCAGCAUUUGGGCGCUGGAUCCAUUUGAGCUCUGAGCUCUCUCUGAAUUUAGAGAAUGAGCCGGACAGAACCCAAACUCGACAGUGCCGAAGCCCUCGAAACUCGGACUCGCUGUCAACUACAUAGUAUCAGAAGAUAUCAGAAGGAAAUCCAUUGGAUGUACAGACAGAUUUCCUGCCGCCCAGAUGUGCUUUGCCCGUCCAUGCAUUAAAAGUGUUUGCAUUCCGUCGAGUCGAAGACGAAAAGCAAAGUCACUCAAGCAGAAGCAAUC